AUCGUCAAACACUGGAUGUUGGAUACAGAUGUUGGAUACAGAUGUUGGACACAAUACCCAUUGUCCAUGGCUACAUGAGAAGAUAUGAUGGAUACUGUAUGAAAGCAAAGUAGAUUUAUUGUUCUUCGCUGUCCCAGGACGACGUCUGUGUUAACAUGUAAUAUAUUAUCAGUCGUCUCAAGCGUUCCCCCUAAUUUUUUUCUACUUGGGGUCCCAGACAUUAUCAAAUAUCUCCUCGGUUCCUCGUCAUCUCAGAACACACAUUUCUCGUCGUAGCGUGUCGAGUCGACCCUCAAUCAGCAAGCAUGGCGAACUCAGAUAGAUCCUGUAUGGCAUGCGUCAAGCAGGGUAUUCUGUGCGAGAUGAACCUGUCUUGCACGAUUCCGACGUCUGAUGCGACGAUGCUUGAGAGCGGCAUCCAAACCGCGGGCCCGGGGUUCAGGAAGUGUGUCCGGUGCGCCGUUGCCGGCCAUAGCUGCACGUUUCCUCAGGGCUACCGCCCCGAGCCCUGCUUCUCCUGCGUCUGCUCCAGGGCUUUCGGAUGCAUCCUUCCCCUAGCACCCGCCCCCUUCGCCGACCUCAACACGGCCCUCGAUACAGAACCACGCGAACUCCAGGACCUAGCCGUUCGGUGGCCAAUGCCCUCUUCAAACAUCCCCGCCCUGAUUCAGUCUCCGGGGGCAAUCUUUCCAGCCAGCGAAGCGCCGCCCGGAUACCAUGAAUACGGGCCUGGGACGGCGCAACCCCUGACCGAAAACGUCUUAGACCUUACAGAACAGGCAAACCAGGGUAUUAGUGAAGACUUGGAAAGGCACCUCGAUGCGAUGAUUGCCGAAAUCUUCGGCGAUGGCGGAAAACAGCAACCGCCUCCUCCAGAGGCUCAGCAUGCUUCGCAAGGCCACUGAUGUGGUAGUUAUCAUUUGUCGUAUCCGAGCUGCCGGAAGCGCCGUAGUCGGGAUUCCCCUGCGCGCAUAGCCACAUGGGAGCCAGAGGUCUCUGUUGUCGGCAAUGAGGUGGUGAUGUAUCAUAGAGUACAUUGGCUGGUAUCAAAUCCUUGUAAUAGACUAAGAUGUUUGACA